AUGGGAGAGAUCAGCCAAGACGCUGUGGAGAAAUACCUCGAGGAGAACCCUCAGUUUGUCAAGGAAUACUUUGACAAGAAGCUGCAGGUGGAGGCACAGGGGCAACUCUUGCAGCACAGCACAGGGGUGAGCCAGACCAGCAUGCUACUCCCCGAGCUGACACGGGCAGAGGAGUCGGCCCUGUGCCUGGAGCUGCUGCUGUCUGUGCAGGCAGAGGCGGGCAGCAGCGAGCUGGCGACUCACAGGGCCCUGCAGAGGCUGGCCCGGCUGCUACAGGCCGAUCGCUGCAGCAUGUUCUUGUGCCGAGCCCGCAACGGCAUGCCUGAGGUGGCAUCCAGGCUGCUGGACAUCACCCCAACCUCCAAGUUUGAGGACAACUUGGUGGCCCCCGACAGAGAAGUCGUGUUUCCAUUGGACAUUGGCAUAGUGGGUUGGGUCGCUCACACGAAGAAAGCCCUUAAUGUCCCAGAUGUAAAAAAGAACAGCCAUUUUUCUGACUUCAUGGACAGACAAACUGGGUAUGUCACUAGGAACUUGCUGGCAACCCCGAUCAUGGUGGGCAAGGAGGUCCUUGCUGUGGUCAUGGCACUAAACAAAGUCAACUCAUCUGAGUUUUCCAGACAAGAUGAGGAGGUCUUUUCCAAAUGCCUCAGCUUCGUUUCUGUCAUCCUAAAGUUUCAGCAUACCAGCUACCUGUACAGUGUUGAAUCCCGGAGAAGCCAGAUCCUUAUGUGGUCAGCCAAUAAAGUAUUUGAAGAGCUCACAGACGUUGAGCGACAGUUUCACAAAGCACUGUACACAGUUAGAACAUACCUGAACUGCGAACGAUACUCCAUUGGACUGCUGGACAUGACCAAGGAGAAGGAAUUCUACGAUGAAUGGCCAGUCAAGCUUGGAGAAGUGGAGCCUUACAAAGGUCCAAAGACACCAGAUGGCAGGGAAAUCAUUUUUUAUAAAGUCAUUGAUUACAUUUUACAUGGAAAAGAAGAGAUCAAAGUGAUUCCGACACCUCCUGCAGACCACUGGACACUCAUUAGCGGGUUGCCAACAUACGUUGCUGAAAAUGGAUUUAUAUGUAACAUGCUGAAUGCCCCUGCGGAUCAAUACUUCACCUUUCAGAAAGGACCUGUUGAUGAAACUGGUUGGGUCAUUAAAAACGUCUUGUCCCUGCCAAUUGUCAACAAGAAAGAAGACAUUGUGGGAGUGGUGACGUUUUACAACAGGAAGGAUGGCAAACCCUUUGAUGAGCAUGACGAGCACAUUACAGAGACUCUUACACAAUUUCUUGGAUGGUCUCUUUUAAAUACUGACACCUAUGAGAAAAUGAAUAAGCUAGACAGAAAGGACAUUGUUCAGGAAAUGCUUAUGAGCCACAUCAAAGCCACUCCCGAGGAAAUCAAAUCUAUUUUGAGAUUUAAAGAGAAGUUAAAUAUGGAUGCAAUUGAAGACUGUCAAGAGAAACAGCUUCUCACAGUGUUGAAAGAGGACUUGCCAGACGCUGAGGCCGUGGACCUAUACGAAUUUCACUUCAGUGACUUCCCCAUUACAGCACGAGUGGUUAAAUGUGGCCUACGACUGUUUUUCGAAAUAAAUGUGGUGGAGAAAUUCAAAGUGCCUGUGGAGGUUCUUACCAGAUGGAUGUACACCGUGAGGAAAGGGUACCGCUCCGUAUUCAAUGUGGGGCAGACCAUGUUUACUUUGUUGAUGACAGGAAAACUAAAGAAAUACUACACGGAUCUUGAAGCUUUUGCCAUGCUUGCUGCUGCUUUCUGCCAUGACAUUGACCACAGAGGCACCAAUAAUUUGUACCAGAUGAAGUAA